UGCUGUGGAGUGCAGUGGUGGCUUUGGUGGUGGUAGAGGUGGGUUUGAUAUGAGCGGCUGAUAGAUAGAGAGGAGAAGAUCUCCAGGAGCUGAAGGAGCUGAAGGACCGCAGGCUGUCAGAGAAUGCCCCGACCGGCCCUGCGGCUCCCUGCAGCGACUCCGAGGCUCUCACACACCGGUGCUUCCCUUUCUAACCUCGGGUCCUAACCGUAGCCUAGCUCAUGCUAGAAAGCGCCCAAACAACAACAUGCCUGCGGGACUGAAUCCGCCAGCCAGCGGGAUCCCUGCGUCCGAUGCGGCGGGGUCUUUCAAAAGGAGGAAAAGGAAGUCCAUCAUAGUGACGGUGAUGCUGUUCGUGGUGUCUAUACUUAUCCUGGUCUUUGGAUUGGCUGCGACCACGAGGACGCAGAACAUCACUGUUGGUGGUUACUAUCCUGGAGUUAUUCUCGGUUUCGGCUCCUUUCUCGGAAUCAUUGGAGCACAUUUAAUAGAAAAUAAGAGGCAGAUGCUGGUGGCCUCCAUUGUCUUCAUCAGCUUUGGUGUGGUGGCUGCGUUCUGUUGUGCUAUUGUGGACGGCGUUUUUGCUGCGAGACACAUAGAUCUGAAGCCUCUAUACGCAGGCCGGUGUGUCUACUACUCCAGCUUAUCCUCAGUUGACCAAGAUGUGUGUCAGUCUGCCCGAGUGCCCUGUAAACUGCGUGUGAAAAGCAACACCUGCUACUGCUGUGAUCUCUACAACUGUGAUAGAGAACAUCUUCUUUUGGGACUUCAGAAUAAAGAUGUUUUGAAAAAAUUUAGGAAGUCCACCAUGAUUUUGAAUCGUGCUGAGCUCAGAGGAGGCUACCAUGAGUAUACUGAAGUCCAGAGUUGCCAGGAUGUUGUGCAUCUCUAUCACUUGCUGUGGUCGGCUACCGUCCUCAAUGUUAUCGCCCUGUUUCUGGGCAUCAUCACAGCAGCAGUGCUCGGAGGCUUCAAGGACAUGAUGCCAACUGCAGCCCCUGACAAUUGUGAGCCAGACACUAUGCCCAUACCUGGACCCUCAGAGACUCUCGCACCUACAACAUCCAACUCCUUCUACAACACUGCCCCCUGCCUGCCACCGUACACUGCCUACGAUCUACAGGCCUCCAUGUUUCCUGACUCUUCUGGCCUGUCUGAUGACUCCCAGUCUGGAGCCAGUCACAUGUGGCCGAGUAUGAUCCCUCCGCGCUACUCCCCGCCUUAUUACCCACCUGACGAUAAACCUCCACCAUACAGCCCUUAAGGGACCAGUAACAUAAAGAGUCUUGGGAACAUGUACCAUAUUGCCAAGAGUUCAGAGGAAAAAUGGAGGCGGGCAUUUGUGUGCAUUGAAACUCCUUUGAAUUACCAUUGUAGUGUUUAAACUACUGCUACUACUGCUGUUGAAGCCCAUUGUGCUUACUACAGACAGUCCUACUACAGUGUGUCCUCUGCUGAACGGAACGAUGGAGACUACAGGCUUAAGGGAGCACAGCUGGAGGAAUCUGUCUAUCCCUGCAGAGCAGAAAUAAGCAGCGAAACGUGUGCAAUUAUCCAGCGUAACUUCAGUAUACAAGGUGGCCUCUCUACUCUGUGCUACGACUCACGUAACGACUGUUCACAGUUAUGCCUUAAACGCGUCCGCCUGCUUCUGCGUAACAGCGUAAGCUCUCUGCUCCUGUUUAUGGACCUCCGUCUCUGUGUAGAUCUCCAUCUCUGUGGGCUUCCCUCCUGGAUACAGUGACUCUGCCACCCUGCAUCUGCUUCACUAGAUAAUGUGAAUGCUUCUGAAGUGAAUGCACAGAGUGUCCUGGUAGUUUGGUAGCCUUGCCCCUUGCCUUUGCUGAAGAGGAAUGAAGAGAAUCUUGUUUUUGUGUCUUGUCUUUGAUUUGCACUUUAUCAUCCCUGAUCUGAUUACUGAACUGUAAUAAUCUCAAGCUAGAAUAAUAGAAUAUGAACUGUGAUGAUUAUUUUUUUUUAUUCAGUUUGGGCAGCUAAAAAUAUGUGUAUGGAGCUCAGAUUAUAGGCUGCGUUCCAUUUGAACUCAGAUGUCGGAAUUAUAUAGUGUCAUUAAUUAGGAUUUUGGAAUUUGCACUGCACAAAGUCCUAGGCCCAAUCCCAUUUCACCACUUAGCCCUACACCUUUGUCUGGGGGUAGGGUGCCCAGAUUCUUGUUAGGCUUUAGGGGUAGGUUAGGGGAAGUGUUGGGUUUAAUACUGAGAUUUAUCAGAGGUACACUACAAACAGAGGGAUAUAUGAAUUAUUGGCAAGAUUGCGGCACAAGAGACUCAAAGAAACCCACAAAUUUAAGUAUUUUCCUUGGUAUAAAAUUACAAUAACCACUACAUUACUAUAGUUUAAAGUGUUUUUAUAACAAGCAUAAAAAAUGCUAGUAGUUUGUUUCAGUAGCUAGCUAGCCAACUUUCCCAUUCCACAUUAAAUGGUGCAACAGACAGCAGAGGCUGCAGCAUUUGAGGUGGAACAAAAAAUGAAUUAAAUGAAAUCUAAUUAAAGCUAACUAAGCCAGUUAAGCUAGGCCAAUUGUCCCACUCAGCGGUAUAUCCCACAUCACUGGUGAUGCUUAAACACAAGAAGGGUAAAGACUAACACAUGCCUCCUCCGACACAUGUGAAGUCAGACUCCACCUCUUUUUGAACAUUGCCUCGUAGCAUCACAGUGCUAAUGCUCUGAGAAUAGCGCAGUGACUCGGUUCUGAUACAUCAGCUCACAGACGCCUUGUGCUGAUCCACAUCACCCAAGGAGUGAUAAGUGGAAAGAGUGCCAUCUACCCACCCAGAGAGAGCAAGGCCAAUUGUCUUGGUGGCUAGAAAAUUGGUCUCUCUUGAUGGCAAGCUGCAUGACCAGGAUUCGAACCAGCAAAGUUUGACUCGAGCAUAGUGGCAGCGCUUUAGACUCCUGGACGACUCUGCGCCCCCCACCUAUAGGUUCUUGAUGGGUUGUCCCAAUUCUUAGAGAGGAGGAUUUCUCUGUUCGAGGGGUAAGGGUACAAAUGUGAAAUGGGAUCAGGCCAUAGUGAAAUUAGCAGUAUUACACAAUAAUAACACAAACACAGUUUCAACUCAUAAAAUAGCAUAUAAUACGACUAUCAGCUGGUAUAACUAACAAUUCAACCUAGAAACAGUGCGAUCAGUGCUAGCUUGAGUCAUAAUGUAGGUGAAUUCACCAUAAAACACAAGUAAAGUAUUGUCAGAGCAGUUGUAGUAAACCUUAAACUUUUCAGACAACUGUUUUUUGCAAAUGUUUUGAUAUAGUGUAGAAUUAUAGUGUAAAAUAUUUAGACUUCCGAUAUAAAUGGAACGCAGCACUAGGCUACUUCAACUUGUAAUAUAUUGCUCGGGUCAUUUAGCACACUGCCUAAGCACAAAGUGACUGUGAAACGUGCACAAAAAAGUCUGUUUAAAUGCAUUUAAAAAAAUGAUCUGCUAUGUAAAUACUGAGUUCCUGAGUUAUGAAUAGUUAGAAGUGUUCAAAUUACAUGUAGAUCAGUGCUUUCCAAAGUUAGCCUGCUGAGCUCAUGCCCUGCACCUGCACAUCUGUGUGUUUUAGAUGCGUGAAGGCUUUGUUCAGACAGGCAGCUCAUGUCGGCUUUAAGCUGGAUGGAUUUCUGUGUAUGCAACUUGGUUUUCUUAUAAUUCAGGGUUCUCUCUUUCUUUUUUGGAUCACAUAUUACUAAGACACUAAGAUAACUUAAGACACGUUUUUUUUUUUCUUUUAUCGUUUACAUUAAGGUAAGAUCAGUAAAGGUUUGCAGCCUGUCUCUUAAUAAUGUUUGAGGAUCUUCUCUGCUGACCAGGUCAGCCUUAACCCAUAAGAGCCCAGACCCAGUUCUGAAUAUUGCUUUAAAAAUCCAAUAUAUAAUCAGUUGAAUUAGCUAAGCAAUUCAUUUAAUAAAGAGGGAACAUGGCUGUAAAUAUUUCGAGGUUGAAAUCCUGAUGUAAGAAAAAAUGACAUUUUAUUUAUUUGAACUUGUAAUAGAACAGUUUGUUCUAGAAAUUAUGUUAGAACUAGUUAUGGUAUAUGGGAUGUAAAUCAUAUCAAUAAAGCAUUUGUAUUGUUAAAAUGGUUGGAACUGAGCUGUAGAAGCAAAAAACACACUUUUAAGAGGAGCUAGUUUCGUUUUAUCUCCAGCACUAACCCAUAAUCACACCUACGCUAAAACAAAAACCUGUUCACACACUGUUCUGGGAUAAUGCUCUUAGGAUGGCCGCCACAAAAAAAAGGGUCACACACUCUAAUACUUAAUUGAACUGCCUUUAUCUUUGAUUGCAGCACGCAUUUACUGUGGCAUUGUUUCAAUAAGCUUCUGCAAUGUCACAAGAUUUAUUUAAAUUCAAUGUUGCUGCAUUAAUUUUUCACCAAGAUCUUGCAGCAGCAUUGAUGAUGGUAGAGUCUGACCACUGCACAAAGGGGCUCUUCUCCAUCCAGCACAUCCCAAAGAUUCUCAAUGAGGUUAAGAUCUGGACUCUGUGGUGAACUCUCUCUCAAUCCAUGUGUGAAAAUGAUGAUCUCAUGCUCCCUGAACCCUGAACUCUUUCACAAUUCCAGCACCAUGAAUCCUGACAUUGUUAUCUUGGAAUAUGACCGUGUUCAUCAGGGAAGAAAAAAUAGAACCAUUAAUGGAAUAACCUGGUCUAUAUUCAGUAUAUUCAGGUAGUCAGCUGACCUCAUUCUUUCAGCACAUACUGUUGCUGAACCUAAACCUGCAGACCAACUGCAGCACCAACCAACCCCACAUCAUUUACUUACUUAAAUCUAUGGGCUCUUUUGGGUUAAGGCCUGAAGUAGAUCUUUUCGUAAGGUAGCAAGCUUAGCAAAUACCAACGCCCGACCAAAGCUCUGGAAAUGCAUUCUUACCUUACUGCAGAAAUUGUUGUUUUGUCUGCCCCUGAUUUGUGAGACUAUACAGAUCAGAUUUGGUUCGCAAACUGAAAAAAACGACUCCUUGGUUGAGCUUGGUUUGGGGUUUUUUUCAUGCAGGGAAAAUGUAUGAACACUAAAAUUCAUCAUAACAAACCAUGGGGGAACGCUUUAUCUGCCUAAUAGGGGCGGAGCAAGAAAGUAAAUACAGAAAGAAGGUCCUGUGUUCUGGACUAAUGUAUAUUUCUGUAUAGUUUAACACAGAGCAACAGAAGUGAUGGCAUUAGUUAAUGCAGUGUCCUAGCCGCAGUAAUUAUCAGGUUAAUAUACCAGCUUAAACUACACUGAAGUCUAGCUGUUGUGUGGAACAGAAUAUGCUAACAUGCUUGUUGUGCAGCAAUAAGUACUGGAGUUUCUGUUGUACAGGAAGGGGGGAUUUAGAUGUCGAAUGUAUCUUGGAGAGAAGGAUGUGUUUACACUGCUGUAAGGUGGCUCAAAUAGGUGUCAGAUCACCUCCUCAAGUGGUUUGAGUGCGUCUCGGACUCUUUUAAAACUUGCAUUUUUACAUGAGCUUUUUAUAUUCUUUCCUGAUUUCUAUUCAAAUAUAGACCUAAACUUGCAGUCUGAAGAAAGCCUAACACACACACACACACACACACAGCGCUUAAGAAGCUUGUUAAUUAGGCUAUGUUCAGACUUCCAUGCCAAAUCUGAUUUGUGGCAUAUCUAGAUUGUAGAUUUUUGAUAGUCUGGACACCCAGAAACCACAUGAAAUCUGAGAUGAAUAUGAGUUUAGAGAAGAAGAAAAAACAACUAUGUUGAGCUGAAACACAUGUAUUAUACAAACAUAUACAGUAUAUUUCUUCAGAUUUAGAAAAAUGGCAAAUUUGCCACUCAUAAAAUGAUGAUGCAAUUGACAGUGCUUCAGAGGUUUCUGUUUUAAAAAUGAGGAACCGCUUUUGGGCGAACAUCAGUAACAUCAUUUUUAUUAUAUUAAAAUGUUCUGCAUUGUAGAUUAAUACUAAAGUCAUCCAAACUAUAAAGAAAAAACAAGAAUAUAAUUUAACAAACCAGAAAAUGUUUUAAAUAUUGGCAUUUUCUGAGUCAGCUUUAUGAGGUAGAGUCACCUGGAAUUCAGGCUUUCAGUUAACAGCUGUGCUGAACUAAUCGAGAGUUAAUUACUUGAAUUUCUUGUCUCCAAAUGUGUUUGAGAGCAUCAGUUGUAAAGUAGUGAAGAGGUAGAGUUACAGGUAUACAGUGAAUAGCGCUAUUUCAGUAAUGUUUUCAUUCAUAAAAUGGGAAGAACUACUCAACUAAGUACAGAAAAAAAAAGAAUUAUGAAAGUAACCUCAAAUGCAUUUACAACUACUACAUGAUUCCUUUUGUGUUCUUUCAUAGUCUGGAUCACUUUAGUAUUAUUUUACAGUGUAGGGAUUCAAUAAAAACAUUGAAUGAGAAGGUGUGUCCAAAUAUUUGGCUGGAAUUGUAUGAAAAAUUUGUCUUUGUGUGGCAUUCAAAAUGCUGAUUAGUCCAUAACUGGAUAAAAUCCAUGUCUGGGAGUCUGUAAUGUGUAAAAGAGCUCUCAAAGUAUGCAUAAUAUUACCAGUCUUAUGCAGUAUGUAGUUGGAUUUAGUGAUUUAUACCAUAAAACAGCCGGCAGCUUUAAUUUGUGCAAUUAAUUUUUUUGGUUUCCUUGUCCAGUGAGACUCGCCGUACAGUUAAACUAAUAUAUUAUAUAAACAGCUCUGGAAAAAAUAAGAGAUCACUUUAAAAUUACGAGUUUCUUUGAUUUUACCAAAAUAAAAACCUCUGGAAUAUAAUCAAAAGUAAGAUGGAUGCUCACAAACCAUUUAAUACAUAGACUAGACACAUUUACAGUCUUUUAGUUGAUAAUGGCUGAGAAAAAGUUGUAAUAUAUUGUGAAAAUGUCUGAAAAAUGGUGCUAGUGAAUCACAGCAGGGCUUUCUCAUCUCUCGUCUCCUGAUACUCAACAGUAAUGAUGAGAUGAGAGAGGCAUUGUAACUGCAGAAUUACAAUAAUAUAUGAAAUUUUCUGUCCAUCUCUACACAUUUCACAUAAAACUUUUUGUGUUCUAAACGUCAGAACUAUAGCAACAGGCUGCCUCUACUUACAUUUAAUAUACAAUUACAUGUCUUAAGAAACUACCAUGCAGUUAUAGUUGAUUUUUAAUUUAUUGUUAUUAGUGGUGAGUCUAUAGACUGUGUUUUAUGUGCUACACCUUUAAGCGAGGGUGUUUUUUCAGAAUAUUCAGAACUUUGUUGUGAAUUAUUUUCCCAGAUAUAGAUUUAGCCUUGUCGUAACUAUAAGAUUCUCUAUUCAAAAUGCUGAUUAGUCUAUAACUGGAUAAAAUUAAUGUCCGGGAAUCUGCCCCAUGUGUAAAAAACCUUGAAAGUAUGUAUAAUUUUACCAGUCUUAUGCAAUAUGUAGUUGGAUUUAGUGAUUCAUGCCAUAAAUCAGCCGACAGCUUUAA